UGGUACAAUCCUCCUCUCUAUGAUUCCAGGUGCUGUCUGGUAUAGUCCUCCCACUCUAUGGUUAGCGCUCUCUUCCUGAAGGUGUGCCAAGAUGGCGGAAGCAGAGUUCCACAAUGACACCCAUGGGGAUUUUAACUCCACACUUUUUACCACCAUGACAGUUGCCACUAAGCUUGUGUUACCCACACUGGCGAAACCUAUCAUCCCUGUCCAGACUGGAGUGCAGGCGCAGCAGGAGGAGCAGUCCAGUGGCAUGUCUAUAUUCUUUAGCCUACUGGUAUUGGCCAUUUGCAUCAUAUUGGUGCAUUUACUCAUAAAGUUUCGUCUCCACUUCCUGCCAGAAAGUGUUGCAGUCGUCUCAUUGGGAAUCCUAAUGGGAGCAGUGAUAAAAAUCAUAGAAUCUCUGAAACUGGCAAACUGGAAGGAGGAAGAAAUGUUUCGUCCAAAUAUGUUUUUUCUGCUCUUGCUUCCACCGAUUAUAUUUGAGUCCGGCUAUUCCUUACACAAGGGAAACUUCUUUCAGAAUAUCGGAUCUAUAACCCUGUUUGCUGUGUUUGGUACGGCCAUUUCUGCCUUUGUCGUCGGAGGUGGGAUUUUCUUCCUCGGCCAGGCUGAUGUCAUUUACAAACUCAGUAUGACAGACAGUUUUGCCUUUGGCUCGCUGAUAUCGGCUGUCGACCCAGUGGCCACCAUUGCCAUCUUUAAUGCGUUGAACGUGGAUCCGGUGCUCAACAUGUUGGUGUUUGGAGAAAGUAUAUUAAAUGAUGCCGUCUCCAUCGUCCUGACAAACACGGCAGAAGGUUUGACCAGAGGGAAUAUGUCUGAUGUGAAUGGUUGGCAAACGUUCCUCCAAGCCCUGGCUUAUUUCCUGAAGAUGUUUUUUGGUUCAGCAGCUCUCGGAACGCUGACCGGUCUCAUUUCUGCUUUAGUAUUAAAGCAUUUGGAUUUAAGAAAAACGCCAUCCUUGGAAUUUGGAAUGAUGAUCAUCUUUGCCUACCUUCCAUAUGGGUUAUCGGAGGGGAUCUCGCUGUCAGGCAUUAUGGCAAUACUGUUUGCUGGGAUCGUUAUGUCUCAUUACACACAUCACAACCUGUCCCCCGUCACACAGAUACUGAUGCAGCAAACAUUAAGAGCGGUCGCUUUCUUAUGUGAAACCUGUGUGUUUGCCUUCCUCGGCCUCUCCAUAUUUAGCUUUCCUCACAAGUUUGAAAUUUCCUUUGUGAUCUGGUGCAUUGUGCUAAUUCUUUUGGCAAGGGCAGUAAACAUAUUUCCCCUUUCCUAUCUGCUGAACUUUUUCCGUGACCACAAAAUCAACCCGAAGAUGAUGUUCAUCAUGUGGUUUAGUGGUUUGCGAGGAGCUAUUCCAUAUGCUCUUAGUCUUCACUUGGAACUUGAACCAAUGGAAAAACGUCAGCUGAUUGGCACGACUACUAUUAUCAUUGUGCUAUUUACCAUCUUGCUGAUGGGUGGGGGCACCAUGCCACUCAUCCGCCUGAUCGACAUUGAGGAACCCAAAGCUCGGAGGAGGAGUAAAAAAGACAUCAAUCUGAGCAAAACCCAAAAAAUGGGGAACACAAUUGAAUCGGAACAUUUAUCAGAACUGACAGAGGAAGAAUAUGAAGUUCAUUACAUCAAACAGCAUAACCUCAAGGGAUUCAUGUGGUUGGAUGCCAAAUAUUUAAACCCGUUCUUCACAAGGAGACUGACGCAAGAGGAUCUUCACCAUGGCCGGAUACAGAUGAAAAGCCUGACCAACAAAUGGUACGAGGAGGUGCGUCAGGGACCUUCUGGAUCUGAGGAUGAUGAGCUGGAGCUGCUACAGCGAUAGAUUAAACACAGGCGUUCUAGACUCUGCGCGUAUUUCUGGGCUAUAUUUCCCUUCAGGUUGGCAGAGCAUCAUGGGAAAUGUGGUCCACAAACCUCUGCACAGCCAAUGUUCGGCCUCACUGGACGUCACUCUGCCAUUGAUAAAGUCGUCCUCUUAUGAGGUGGUAAGGACGGAGCAUUCAGCUGAACUUUCAGUCCCGUCAUCACAUGUUUUUCUUUCACUCACUGCAAGUCGACAGACCUGUCUGACCCACUGGGAUUUUCUAAUGUAGCUCUAUUGCCUCAUUGUCAGAGGUCGACACAGGACCUUUGUAGAUGGUGUGAUUGAGUAAGUUUGUGUGUUUGGAGACUGUGUAUGCGUACACAGAUUGAAAAAUGAGGGUUUUUUUUAAGUAUGAUUGUUGUAUGAUUAUUUUAGACUUUAUUUUACUUCUGUUACAAUGUUUUUUUUUUGUUUUUGUUUUUAUUGAUGUUUGCUAACCAACACGACAGGGAGGGGCACGCUGCUUAGACGCCCCAAAAUAGCAACAGCUGGACAAGCGCUGAACCAAAUUAGAUUAUUAUUUAAUUUAAACGAAACUAUUGUUUCCUAUUACUUGUUUCUAAAAAAAUCUGAGAAAAGAGGAAGUUGAUGAUUCUCGCUGCUCGUUUUAUUUCAAAAUAAAAAUAGCAUUUAUAAGAAGGUUAAAGUGACUGAAGGGUUACUCCAACAAAAAAUAAAUGAAAGGCCCAGUUCUCUGUGCAGCCUGAACCUCCUCUGAUAUCUGUUCCCCUCUCUGUAAGUGAUGUAUCGAAGGCUCGGUUGAGGGGAGAACUCGUCCGGCACAUUGUGCAAGAAAGCUAUUCUGGUUUUCUGUAAUAAAACAGGCAGCGUUUAUAUGAAAAUUGUUGGAGAUUUUAGCGUUGUGUUAACUUAGCUUGUAACAAUGGAACAUUACCAGAUGUGACCGACCGUAACGGCAAGUGAAUCGUUUUAUUAAGGAGUUCCCAACAUGUACAUAUGUACGUUAGCGAAUGAAUCACACUGCUCAGAAUGUUUCUGCCAAUAACGUCACUCUGUGCACUUUACAGGUAGACUUUGAAUGUUUCUGUAGGAUUUUAUAAACUUACCAUGUGGAGAGUAAUUGUAUUUUAUUUUAAACAAAUGAAACACUGAAUUCUAUAAAAAUGGUGAUCUUAGCAGGCUCUUCCAGGAGUUAACGCUAAGUGUGAAUUAUAUUAGUGUGAAUGUUAAUAUUCUGUGAUUCUGUGUAUGUUAAAGGGACACUAGAGUCACCCAGACCACUUCAGCUCAAUGAAGUGUCAGGUCCCUCAGGUUUUAACCCUUCAGAGAAACGGCUAUGUUUACAUUUGGGGUUAAGCCAGCCUCUAGUGGCUUUCUUCCGGACAGCCACUAGAGGCGCAACUGCGACGCUGGAGGCACAUUUCGCCUCCAUCGCGCAGAGCGUCCAUAGGAAGGCAUUGAGAAAUGCUUUCCUAUGGACACUUUGAAAGCGCGCAGCUCUUGCCGCACAUGCGCAUUCGGCUCCACUGACGUCGGACGGGGGAGCUGAUGUCGGCAGGGGAGGAGAGGUCAUCAGCGCCGAGGGAGCCCAGCGCUGGAUUAAAGUAAGUAACUGAAGGCUGUGGAGUGUUGUGUAGUCGUCAUUUACCAUAACCACACCUGCCUUUAGACCAGCCCCCCAUUGUUUCUCCUAUAGAUCACGAGGCAUGUUUCUAAUAUGUAAUCUGUAUAUUUUGGUGAGUUCUCCCCAUGGUUCUGCACAAAAUGGAAAUCCGACCAUGCCACGUUAAAGGUAAACAUGCACCUCUUAUAGUAAUUGGUUUACUUUACUGGGAAUCUACUGGAUUUGUGGCAAUAGAUGUGAAGAUUUUUUGUUUGUUUAUUAUGGUAUCUGGAUUAUGUAAGUUUUUGCAUUUUUGUUGUUAAGAUAUCACUAUUUAAGGAUUUAAGCACUGGGUAAUGUGUUCCAUCCUUUCUGUCUGUCUUUUGAGAAUCAUAUUUAUGUAAAUUAAUUUUAAAUUAUUUCCACUGACAAUUUGCGCCAUUGUAGUGACAUCCCCAGCUGUCACUGGUUGUAUUAUAAGGAACCUUUCUGUGACACAAGUAUUAUGCAAAAUACUACUAAAAGGGGACCUGGCAUCUUCAAGACGUUUCGCCCAUUAAAGAUAAUUUUACAAUUGAA